CUAUGCUGCGUCAGCCUGCGUGGGGCACUCUCUUUCUCCCCUGUCUAUCGUGCGUUAGUCCUGCGGAUCUAUACAAGCCAUCAACGAGACUUUCUAAUCACUGGACACAAACACGGGCAUACCCGGCGUAAGACUCCGGCUCUAGGAGUUAUCAACACUCUUGAGUUAGUUUUCUCCAUCGUCCUUGCAAGGAAACGAACGCAAAGCCCUUGCCAGCAACGAUAUCGGGAGGAGUCUCGGAGGAAGAGCUCGCUGCGAAACUCGACGAAGUCGAGCGCACGCUGACGGUCCGCUUUGAAGAACAGCAGGCAAAGGCUGAGGGCAGGAUGGAGCAGCUCCUGGGUCGCUCCGAGGGACUAUUGUUCCAGCAGUCCGCGCGAGACGGAGGAGGAGAAGUGUCACACGGCGCCGCGAUGGAUGGGGGCACCGUGGGGGGUGCGGUUGGAAUCCCAGGGGGAACCGGGAGGGGUUCCGCCUCAGGGGAACUACCCGAGACUGUGGGCCCUGGCGCUCGGGACAGCGGCGGCGUCAGCGGUGGAGUAGCGGGCGGCACAACACACGAGCCUGUUGAUCGCGGGAAAAAUAAUCGGUCCGAGAGAGCUGGAGUAUUGCAUUCAUGGCGAUUCUGGUGAAUGUCGACUUGUCGCAGAAGAGCAAUACCGCGCACUACUGCUGUGCUAACAACAGCGCGGCGUUGCCGCGGACACUUCAUUUCUGGUUGAUUCGUAAGCGAUUUCUUGAGUGACCUUGCCUGUGACGAAUGAUACCGAAAGUUUAUGAAGGAAAUUCGCAGUUCAGGCGUUUCAAUUUCUGAUUUGGUGUUCGUAGAGCGUCUGUAGUUUCGCUUACGAUGAUUCAGCCAAUGAUGAUGUUUUCCCUUGCUGUUUGAAUUGGUCACGUAGGACAUUCGCAAUAGCGGAACUCAAAGGCUAGAUGUCACGGGGGAGCACUGUGGAAUUUCAUGCGCAGUGACGUUUUUAGUUGUUGAUCUGAUGUUCUGUUUGUCGCGUGAGAGGUCGUUCCAACGCUCGCAAUCCAAACUGUCGGGCCUCCUGACAAUAAGUUGAAUGGUUGUGUUUCUUCAUGCCUGAUGCUGUAUUUUAGCCAGCGUUGGUAUUAUAUUUUUGUCUUCCCCUGAAAAUGUUGAGAUGAUCAUCCGAACCAUCGAUGCAAUUUGGUCCGCUUGGUAUGGCACGAUAUCGGGGAAUUGUUGUAGGUAAGACGCCAACGUUAGCACUUCAUUUGGUCUUCGUUUCUAGCGAAUUGGAGUUGUUGAGAUGACAACGAGGAUGUUUUAUUUGGUGGUCGUAGAAUCAUUGCGAGGGUUUUUGGCUCGGUGGCCGGGUUUUCCCUUGCAACGCUUUUUUCUGUGUGAUUUUCGGUGAUACCCGAGCACGUUGAGCAACACACGGAGAUGGUUAAUUACUAAUGUAAGGGACCAGGGGGGGUGUUCGUGUGUGUGCAUUUGUGGGAAGGAUCUGAGGACGGUUCUGUGUUCCGUAGAUGAAGGGACAUACGGUGGUACCUUUUGUAGUAGACUUUCGAUGAGUCAGCGGUGCCCCCAUGCUGC